CCUCCCUCAGUCUUCUUUGACCACUGACCAUCUCCUCCUCCGCCUUAAUCUUAAUGCCUUUAAUCUCCUUCUUUUCCUUCUCCUGCCCAAUUUGCCAAAUUUGCUAUAGCCAUUCCAAUUCCAUUCAGCUUUCGGACAUAGAAGAAGAGCUUUUCAUCUUCAUUUUCAUCACCAUCUUAUGAUUCCUAUCCUUCUUUUUUUCUUUUACAUUUCUCGAUAACCCGAACGCAGGGACUUCUCUCCCCAAUAUUUGUCAAAAUUCGUUCUUUCUCCGUCUCUCUCUUUUGCCCAUUCUUUCUUCCUCCAUUUAUCUAUCUCUUUCUUUGGUAACUAACUGGACGAACUCCUUUUUUUCUUUUUUCUUUUUUUUUUUGGGGACCAAUCCACUUGUUUUAUUUUUACCUCAACAAAGAAAGAAUUUUAAAAAGGCAGCCGGCCAAGUUGUAGUAGGACGAUGAAGACGUCGCUGAAGAAGCUCCGAGGAGCCCUUAGGCAUGAAAGAAAAGGGCAUAGGCUUCAAAGGAUUCGGGCCCAAUUGGAUGAGCUCGAUCAGGCAUCUCAGGACAUGAAAGAUAUGAGAGAUUGUUAUGACAGAUUACUUUCAGCUGCAGCUGCCACUGCAAACAGCGUUUAUGAAUUUUCAGAAUCACUUGGGGAAAUGGGUGAUUGUCUACUUGAGAAAACUGCUUUGACUGAUGACGAGGAAAGUGGUGAGUAAACAUACUUUUUC